CGCGGAACGCGUCGGAGUUUCAAUUCUUUGAACUCCAGGCUUCAGCUUGCCUUUUCUCUUGAUUCUUCGUAUCUCUGACAAUCUUGUGCAGUGCACCUGCUAUCACGUUUUCUUUCGGUCUUCUUCUCUAUCUUGCACCAAGCAUAGCUACACCAGCUCAUCCAUUAUACAAAACGGCUCCUAAAAUGACAGACACAAUGCGCGCAGUAGAUAUCGAAGGCGGCAAAGGCCCCAUCAGUGCCCUCCACAUAGGCCACGUCCCCAAACCCACCCUCAGCGGCUCACAAGCCCUCGUUCGCGUCAAAGCCUUCGGCCUCAACCGCAUGGACCUCCUGCAGCGCGAAGGCCAGUACCCCGUUCCUCCCGGCGCGUCCAAGAUCCUCGGCGUCGAGUUUUCGGGCACGAUUGAAGAGCUGGGCGAGGAGGGAGGCGGGAAGGAGGGGUUCAAGAAGGGGGAUGAGGUCUUUGGGUUAGCGUAUGGAGGCGCGUAUGCGGAGUUUAUCGCCGUUAGUACGCAUAUGCUUGUUAGGAAGCCGGCGGAGUUGACGUGGGAGGAGUGCGCGGGGAUUCCAGAGACCUGGAUUACUGCUACCCAGGCUAUGUAUCUCAUCGCCAAAUUCGCCCCCGGCAAAUCCAUCCUCUGGCACGCGGCCGCGUCCAGCGUCUCCAUAGCGGGCAUCCAGCUCUCGCUCGCCGACUCCGCCUCCGCUGUCUAUGCUACCGCACGACAGGACGAGAAAUGUAAAUUCGCCGUUGAGACGCUCGGCGCGACGGCUGCGUUCAACUCCACGACGCAGAACUGGGCCGAAGAGGUCAUGAAAGCGACAAACGGCAAGGGUGUCGACAUCAUCAUCGACUUCAUGGGUGCGAGUUACUUCCAAUCGAACCUCGAUGCUGUGGCGCGCGAUGGAGUAAUUGUAAAUCUGGGCUUUAUGGGCGGGACGAAGCUGCCGGCGGGUGUGGAUAUCAGUGCGUUUAUUCGGAAGAGGUGUACUUUUGUGGGAAGCAGUUUGAGGUCCAGAGAUGAGGGGUAUCAGGGGAAGUUGAGGGAUCAGCUGGUCGAGCACGCGCUGCCGCGAUUCAAGGAUGGGAGGUUUAAGAUUUUGGUUGAUAAGGUGCUGCCGUGGGAGAAGAUUCAGGAUGCGCAUCGGUUGAUGGAGGAGAAUAGGACGAAGGGGAAGGUUAUUUGUACGAUAACGCAGUAGUGACUUGAGCAAAUAGAGGAUAGGAGAAGCUUGCAAGAUCC